CUAAUUAAAUGUUUUAUUAAUUAUUUUAGAAAUUUUAAGAGUGCCUAAUGAAUUGCAACAGUUACUAUUUAUAUCAAAAAUGAUACAAUAGUAAAUCAUACUAUAAAUUAAUGUUAAUAAAUUUUAAUUUAUUCAAUAUAUUAUUAAAACUAUAAGUAUACUUUUAUUAUGUACUACUAGUUAAAAUUUUACUAUAUUGUUACUUUUUUUGACAAUGUCAUAAUGUUUACAUGGAUUUAUAAGUUGAUCAUAUUUUUAACAUAUUUUGUUAAUUAUGGACGACUAUCAUUUGGACCAGUUAAAACUGUAUAUGAAACAGAGUGUAAAAACUUAAGAAUGGGUCAGUUUUUAUGUCCAGAUCCUGGGUAUGACUAUAUAGAUCCAUCAACACAGCAGCUUCGAGGCUGUACUAAAGAGAAUAUUGCAAAAGUGAGAUGUAAAGCAGCUGAUGGAAUUAUUUGUACUGAAACAAAUAAUUCUACUUUUUGGAAAGAAGCUCAUUGUAAAUGGACAAAUGGAUAUCGUUAUGAAACCACAUUAUUACUCUCUAUUUUCUUGGGAAUGUUUGGAGUUGAUCGUUUUUAUUUGGGCUAUCCAGCAAUAGGUUUAUUAAAAUUAUGUACUCUUGGCUUUAUGUUCAUUGGACAACUAAUUGAUGUCGUGCUUAUCGCUACCCAAAUUGUGCGUCCUGCUGAUGGAUCUCAUUACAUAAUACCUUAUUAUGGACCUGGUGUAAAUUUUGUGCUUAUGGACAAUGAAACAUAUCGACAACCCCAAGAUGAUUGGUUAGUUGACCAUAAUGAAUUGUAAUCACAUAAUUGAUAUCAUUCAAUAUCAUAGAUAAAUACUUAGAGUCAUUAAAGCUAUUAAUAUCCUUUUAAAUAAAAUAUUACUAAUUGUUUAAUUUAAACGUUUAUUUUAGUAAAUUCAUUCAAAUUUUAUCAUGUAUAGCAAACUAUAUUAAUAAUAAUAUGUAAUAAAUUUUAAUAUUACCAAUAUAUUUCUUUAAAUUUUUCAAAUUUUUUUUUGUAUUGAAUUAGAAUAUUUAAGAGAUUACAUUUUUUUUUAUGUAUCUCACAAAAUAUGCUAUUAUAAACUGAAUUUUUUUUUUCUUUUGAAAAAAAUUUCUAAUUACAUAAUUUUUGAAACAUUUAAAAAUAUAAAGUAAUAAGAAUAAUACUUCAUAAAUUUUUAAGAAGUAUUUAUUUUUAAAAUUUUAUUAGUAUUAAGUUGUAAGAAAAAAAUUCUAAAAAAUGGCACUUGUCAAACUGGACUAAUUUUUAGUUUUAUCAUUAAAUUGCUAUUUUUUUAAUAUAUGAAUUAUAAAUAUAUAUUAUUCAUAUUUUUUUUAAUAAUAGUCCUCAGUGACCAAACAAAAACAUUAAGGAGGGCGCAAAAAAAUUUUAGGCGUCCAAAUUAUCUACCUUCAUUGUCAAUUAAAUCAUUUAAAACAUCUUUUCCUUUUUUUUUAGUUGGAGGCAAUAGCUUAAAAAGGAGAGUGUGACCACAGCUUUCUUCCUCUAAAUCUGCCACUGAGAGUCAAAUAAUUUUCUUUUUAUACACCUUGAUACUCUUUUGAAAAUUCAAGCAAAAAAAUUAGCACUUAAAGAGCUUUGCGACUCUUACAAAAUUUUACAACCCCCCAGAUUUUUUCUCUAGUUGCCUCAAUGGUUUAUAUUAUGUAUCAGAUAAUUUUACCCUAUUUUUAAAAUAGAGAAUUUUGCUUCAAAUAUUUUUUUGAAAUUUAAUUUCUUUGUUAUAAUCUAAGUAGUCUCAUAAAUUGUGUUUCAUACUCCUUUUUACCUGACUCUAUUAAAAAAUAUCAAUUAAAUUUUUUAUACAACGAUAAUACUUUUUUCUGUAAUAUUACCAUACUAAUGUUAUCAUAUUAUAUUAUUUGAUAUAAAUAAUGCGGUGUGUUGGGGACUGAUAAGACUGAUAUCUGGUAUUAAUUAUACAAAUUAGUUCUUAGUAUGUACUAUAUUGUAGUUUACCGAUUGUAAUCAUUAAAAAUCAUAAUUUUAAAAAG